AUGCUCAGGGUAAAACCUGCUGAGCCACGGCAGCAGGAGGCGCUGCUUGCUGAGCAACGGCAGCAGGAGGCGCUGCCUGGUGAGCUACGGCAGCAGGAGGCGCUGCCUGCUGAGCCACGGCAGCAGGAGGCGCUGUCUGCUGAGCCACGGCAGCAGGAGGCGCUGCCUGCUGAGCCACGGCAGCAGGAGGCGCUGCCUGCUGAGCCACGGCAGCAGGAGGCGCUGCCUGCUGAGCUACGGCACCAGGAGGCGCUGCCUGCUGAGCUACGGCAGCAGGAGGUGCUGUCUGCUGAGCCACGGCAGCAGGAGGCGCUGCCUGCUGAGCUACGGCAGCAGGAGGUGCUGUCUGCUAAGCUACGGCAGCAGGAGGCGCUGCCUGCUGAGCUACGGCAGCUGGAGGCACUGCCUGCUGAGCCACGACAGCAGGAGGCGCUGCCUGCUGAGCUACGGCAGCUGGCGGCACUGCCUGCUGAGCCACGACAGCAGGAGGCGCUGCCUGCUGAGCUACGGCAGCUGGCGGCACUGCCUGCUGAGCCACGACAGCAGGAGGCGCUGCCUGCUGAGCUACGGCAGCUGGAGGCACUGCCUGCUGAGCCACGGCAGCAGGAGGCGCUGCCUGCUGAGCUACGGCAGCUGGAGGCACUGCCUGCUGAGCUACGGCAGCAGGAGGCGCUGCCUGCUGAGCCACGGUAG